AUGGUAGAAUUCGUCGACAUGCAUUAUGGCAGUGAAUUGGAUCCAAUGAAAAAUCCGUUUUUAUUCGCAGAACAUUUAGAUGAAAUAAGAAAUUGCCGAAAAGUUUCCAGAGGAUGUUUCUUUUUGUGUUUGGUGGGCGACGAACACCAACCGUGUCCCGCGCCGGUGCUCAUAGCGGAGGACGCUUACGAACAACUGAAAGACGCAGCGCAGGAGCUGAACUUGGAGUGGUCGGCCGUGGAGGGCGCUUAUCAGCUAGACCCGUUGAACAACCACUACACUCUGCCGAAACCUGAUGACAAGGAUCAAGAACAAUUGCGUCUUUGGUUUGAAAAGAAUGAAAAAGCUUUAGUAGUAAUGCAAGAAGCGUCGCAAGAACUAUUAAGCAGAGGUUUGAUUGUUGAUCCUCAAAUAUUUCAUUCAGCUGUUCAACAUCAAACUUUACACGCUCUAGACUUAGAUAAAGAUCAUAUGGUCGUGUUCAGUAGAGAAUUCACUGGACGACACAAUUAUGAAAGUGGUAUUGACGAGACGGUUUCAUCAUUCAAACAUUUCUUAAAGGACACUGUAUCAUCAGAUAAUCUAAUUGAAUUAAGUGUGGAAUGGAAACCUGGGGGUAUCGACGGUGAACAUCCCGAGCAUGACAUGUAUUUGACCAUAUUCCAAGAAGCAGUCAUGUCAAAAAUGCAAAGUAUGAUAAACACAAGCAUUGAACAGAAACCUGAGUUGAAUGCCAGGAACAAAACUAUACAGGAAGUGCUCAAGGAAGCGAUUGUGCACAUAGUUCACUGCAAAGAUAUGAUUAAGCUAAAUCCUCGGAAUCCUCGUUUGGACGCAGUCGCCAAAAUACGAAAAAUGAUGUCCACGACCACUAAACACGGCCCAAUCAUCAUACGCGGAGGUCUGGGCUCCGGAAAAACAUCUAUAAUAACCACAAUCUAUCAAGAAUGUGAAAAAUGGUUCGAUAAGAAACCAGUGAGAAUAGUGAGGUUUUCAGGUGUGACACCAAGAGCUUCGUACAACCUGGAACUAUUGAGAAUCAUAUGCGAGCAGCUAACUUGUAUACUUCAACCCACCGGGCUUUGCGUACCUUUAGAUGCUUCAUUUGACCCGCUGUACAUCAGCGAUUGGUUUCAGACUCUGUUAAAGCGAUUCGAAGACGAAUGCAGAUCGUCAACGUUGGUUUUGUUCAUCGAUGAUUUGCAUAGGCUAAACCCUUUGGACUCAGAUGUCGUUGCGGGUCUGUCCUGGUUACCUACAGUACUGCCAUUCAACGUACAUAUCGUAUGCACGACCUUGAACAUUCCUGAUGAAUUGAAAAUGACCCCAAUGCAAAAAGACCGUUUUAGAAAUUCUGAAUUUUAUGUGGAACUACCAGAUGCCAAUAUAGUUACAAUCAAGACAAAUAUUAACAAUAUGUUAGACAACUACGAACAAGCGUAUGGUUUAAAAGCUGUUACUAGAUUAGCUUCGUACAUAUCGGUAUCCGAAUUUGGUUUAACAGAAACCGAACUUCUUGAGUUACUUAUGCCAACAACUGGUGAUUUUGGAACUCCUUUGAAGUUAGAAGAUGGGAAUUUUAAUUUUUCUACAUUUUGUACUGCUAAAAAAACUAUAAUGCCUCUUUUAUACGAAAAGUUCAUGAGCGGCCGCAUAUUAUUAUGUUGGAGACAUAAAAUUACAUUUGAUGUAGUUAGUCAAAGGUAUCUCACAUCAAAGAUACAUAAAAGAACGUUGCAUAUGGAAAUAGGUAACUUGUUUUUCAGUGAAUUUUCCAAAGAUGAAUCGGAAUCCAAAACUGAUGGUUCGGUAAGUAAAGAUGGAGAAACUGUUAUACACAAUGACAUGACGUACAGUUUGAGACACGUCGAGGAAUCAUGGAUUCAUCUGCUCAAAGCUGGUGACCACAUAAGACUAAAAGAGCUGACGUUGUGCAAUUUCGACUUUUUACUGGCGGCGGUACGAACUAUAUCCGUCAGUUACCUUCGGUCUAUCCUAGAGCACGCGCGAUGUUAUGUAUUGGACAGGGAUGUCGAAUUGGUUUACUACACAGUGAGAAAAUCAAGUGACGUACUCACGAGGGAUACUUUGCAACUUGGGGCACAAAUCAUAAGUUGGCUACGCCCCGUGGCAGACAGUAGCAAACUAAUGCACAGAAUCAUAAGAUGUUCGGUAUCGUGGUGCGAUGGUUUCACAGAUCCAUUAUUGGUGCCACACACAAGUUGGCUACAACCACCUUUGCCUCUUCACAUCAAAUGCGUCAACUGCGGUAUACCAAUCCGUCAUAUAGCUCCUACGCCUUCAGCGCAGCACGUGGUUGUCAUACCCAAAGAAGGUGACGCCCAACUUUGGCACACAAUGGGAAACGCGAGAGUGCAGACGUUCAAAGGACAUCAGAAACCCAUCAAGUGUUUGAACGUGAACAAAAACCCUCAGUUAUUAGUCACUGGUUCUGAAGACCGUAGCGUUCUAGUCUGGGAUCUAAACACAUACGCUUUAUUAGCGAAAUACAAUGACCUAGAAUCUCUUGUGUUAAGCCUUUGCGUGGCGACAAUCAACGACGGCGGCAACAAAGAACUUGGAGUGGUUUUGGGUUGCGAAAAUAGUAAAAUACUUCUGUACACGUUAAAAGGGAAAAUGGUAAGAAAAAUUGACUACCAUAAAGGACCCGUAACGGCAGUUCAACUGACAUCUCAAGACGUUCUCGUUACUGGUUCGUCGGACUGCACAGUGUGCCUCUGGGAAAUGGACACGCUCGACCUGCUCAACACCAUCGCUCUGCCCGGACCCGUGGAAAUGUUGGACAUAUCUGUCGACUCGAUGUUCCUGUUGGUGCUAUGCGAAGGAAACCAAUUGUGGCUACACGCACUGGCGACAGGCACUCUCAUACACAAAUUGAAAGGAUACUGUUCCAAAGUCAUGUCAAUCGCGUUGGCUGAGGACUGUCAGCGGGCAGUGGUAGCCGGAGUUGACUCCAGGGUGUAUAUCUAUGACAUACACUCGGGAGAUUUGGACCUUGUUCCAAUAUCUACAGCACCGCACCACAAAGAAGUGAUCGCUGUGAAAAUAACCCACAACGACGACUUCCUUGUCACGGCGGGCAACGGCAAGAUCGCUUACUGGAAUUUCCGGAAAAUGGGAAGCGCACACACGAUCAACAAACAAUCUUCGCCGUUGUCCCGAAAGCCACACACCAGCGCCAUCACUUGUUUGGACAUAUCGCGAGACGGUACAAUGGCUGUCACAGGUGGUCUGGAUAGUCUGGUUAACGUCUGGCAUCUGAACGUGGAGAGCUUAGAAAAUGUCUAUCAACUGAACAACAAUGAGCUGCACUCCACCAUGCACGGUCACACAGCUGCUAUAACAUGUCUAGCCAUAGCUUCCAACGGACUUUUUGCCGUCUCCGGUUCAGAGGACAAACUUGUGUUGGUCUGGGGCCUAACGGUGGGCAAUGCCGUUUUCACGUUCAGCGGCCACCAGUCAGCCAUCACCGCCGUGGAGGUGACCUCAGACAGUGAGAAGGUCGUGUCCAGUGACAAGGCGGGCGUCAUAGCGGUCUGGCUAUCAGACAAUGGGACGCUACUCAACUCGGUGAUAUGCCCGGCGACCAAUUUGUCAGUGACCAACAACAUGAAAUACCUAGUCAGCGGUGACGGCCAUUUUUCGUUACACAUCUGGCCAUUGGCCGUCAAGAACGAGGGAGGCCCUUGGACGGAAAAAUGGCCGGUCAGUCAUACGGAAGAAAUAACGUGUUUCGUGAUAACAUACGACUCGUUGCAAAUAAUCACCGGGUCCAAAGACAUGUCGUUGAAAGUGUGGCAAAUCAAUGGCGGUAAGCUGUCACAGGUAUUGGUCGGACACGAAGACCAAGUGACGUGUGUGGCCGUGGCCAUCAGUGACAAGUCGAUCGUUGUGUCCGGUUCAUGGGACGCCAACCUCAUAAUAUGGGACAUACACACUGGCGAUGACAGACACCUUCUGACCGGUCAUCUAGGCCACGUGACUUGUGUCAAGCUGAGCGGUGACGGUUCGGUAGCCCUGUCUGGGUCUGACGACAAGCGCAUAAUCGUGUGGGACACGAAACGCGGCGUCCCGCUCACGUCGUUGCAACUGCACCUCCCCAUUCUGGGCCUGUCUAUGUCCACGGACGUGACCCGGGUCGCGGUACAUCUGUAUGAGAGCCAGUACUUGCCCAUCACACAGCUGAUGAACACUCCCGCGCAGUACGUUAAGGUGCCGGUGUUCAUCAACCGAGAACACAGAUCGCUAGCCGCUAAGAAGCCCAUGAGGAGGAUGUUGAUCAAAGAAUACUCGUUGGACUCGUACACGUGGCAACGAAAGUACGCGCACUUGACCUCGUCGAUAACACGGGCAGCCGUCGACGAAAAGCUCCGCCGGUUUUCCGUUUCAGCCAGCAUGGAAGAAAUAUCGAAACAGGCCAAUAAUAACGAGAACAUGGGAUCACAGAAUCUGGGUCCCGAGCAAGCCGCUUUGGCGCAAUCGCAACACUUUGACCAAUUGAUCGCCGAAUGGAACAACAAACGGUCGCCUUCCAAAUCAACGAGCCGACCGAACGUGUUUUUAUCGAAACAGAAUUCGAGAUCGAGCAGACAGCAUUCGGCCGACGAAGAGAGUCAUGGCAGCGACGAUUUCAUAUGA